CCUUCACCACCCCGGACUGCAGCCGACCUCCUUUUGCUGUGAAAUAUCUUUUUCAUUAUUAACCAGAAAGCGGAUAGCUAAAGUUAGCUUAAUUCCCCUUUCUUGGACCGCCUAUAAACUAAGAAGAAUAAAGAAACGAUUACCGUUAUUAUUCAUUUGUCGACUAAAAAACGGUCGCUCCUGCAGAAUAGAAGUUCUGAUACAUUUUGCAGAAACCAUCGGAAAAACGGACCACAAAGAUCAGUCAACAAGGUCAACUUUGAAUAAGUUUCUUUGUUACUGUUUGCACAGUGAAGGGAACUUGCAGAUAAAAACACAGCAGGCUCAGUAGCCACGUUUCAACGGCAUCAUCCUCCGCUUCUUCUACGCAGUGGUCGAACUUUUACACACUGUUGUCUCGGUGUCACCUUUAUCAUGACGCGAAGAUCUUGUGCGAUAUAUGGAGUCGGGAUUGCCUGCGCCAGUCUACUGAUCAUCGGGAUUGGCUUGAUUGUGGCUCAAGUAUUUCAAACUUUAAUCCAUAACCGGUUAAAAAAGGAGAUAACUUUGACAGAGGGUAGUCGUGUGUUUGAGACAUGGAAAAACCCUCCUCCUCCCGUCUUCAUGCAAUACUUCUUCUUCAACGUCACCAACCCAGAUGCGUUCCUGGAUGGAGCCAAGCCUAUCGUCUCUCAGGUCGGCCCUUACACAUACAGGGAGUACAGGCCCAAGGAUAAUGUGACUUUUGUAGACAAUGGGACCAGAGUGUCUGCCUACCAACCCAAGACAUUUGUGUUCCUGCCAGAGCGCUCUGUAGGUGAUCCUGAUUAUGACAUGAUCACAACCAUCAAUAUCCCAGCUGUGGCGGUGAUGAACAAGGUGAAGGAUAGUUUCUGGAAGAGUUCGAUGGUAUCCGUCUGGAUGAACUCCCUGCGUGUGGGCAUUUUCAUGACGCGCUCUGUCAACGAGCUGCUGUGGGGCUUCAAGGACCCUCUGUUGUCCCGCAUCCAUCCCAUUAACCCAGAGAUCGAUGAGUACUUUGGCCUAAUGUACAAGAAAAAUGGAAGCAAUGAUGGUGAAUUUGUUUAUCAUACCGGGGAGGCGGACUUCAUGGACUACGGCAGGGUAGCCACGUUUAAAGGAGAAAGUAAACUGAGCCUGUGGACGUCUGAACAGAGUAAUAUGAUCAACGGUACGGACGGCAGUGCCUUCCACCCCCUGCUGUCCAAGACGGAGAGACUGUACAUCUUCAGUCCUGACCUGUGCAGGUCCAUCUUCAUGGAGUUUGAGAAAGAUGUGAAGGUGAAGGGGCUCCCAGCGUAUCGUUUCACCCCUCCUCGUGAUGUCCUGGCAAGCAAGGAAGAGAACCCAGCCAACGAAGGAUUCUGUGUCUCCCCCAAAGAGUGCCUGGGCACCGGCUUGCUCAAAGUCAGCGUAUGCCGAAAAGGUGCUCCAGUCGUGACGUCCUUUCCUCAUUUCUACCUGGGAGAUGAGAAGUACUCUAACGCCAUUGAAGGACUGGAUCCUGUCAGAGAGCAUCACCAGACCUACCUGGACCUGAACCCGACCACUGGUGUUCCUAUCCGUGCCAGUAAGAGAGCUCAGAUCAACAUCCUCAUCAACAGAAUCUCUGGCUUCCCGAAAACCAAAUCCCUGAACGAGACUAUCUUCCCUGUCAUGUUUAUCAAUGAGACGGUAGUGAUCGACGACGUGUCGGCGGCGAAGCUCCACAAGCUGUUGCUGACGGUGACGCUGGUGUCCAACUUCCCUCUCGUCCUGGUUGGUCUGGGGGCCAUCCUGCUGCUGGUGUUCAUCGGCCUCAUCGUCUGCGAAUUCAAACAGAAGAAGUCAACAAAGGAAGACACAUCUUAUUCCCCCGUGAGCAACAAGGAGGCUGACGAAAAAAAUGGCAGCAGCUACGUUGCCUUGACUCCCGUUACUGACAAGUCUUGAGGAGGGAAUGGGAAGGGUUUAUGGAGAGACAGAUGUAGGAUCUUAAUAUGAACCAGUUUGCUACAGCAGCAAAAUAAUCCUGCUGCAACAGGAAAUGUGAAUUAUGUGGAUUAUAAUUAAUGGACAUUUUUGUAGGGGUUUUAAAAGUCAAAAACACUGCAAGUUUGCAAUUCUCAGAAACAAAAGCGUGAUCAAAUUACGAUCCUACAUCUGUAUAUCAUAUAUAUCAGUGUGAGUUGCUGUUCAGGGUUGGAUCGUUGUAAAUCAUUGUGGCACUAGUUAGACUACUGUGAUAUGUCUCCGUUUUUUUGUUUUGUUACUUUGUUUAUUUGGAUCUGGUUCAACCCACAAAAUGGGGCUAAUCUUCCCAAAGUCCCUGGUAACCCACAAGGUGAGGCUAAUCUUCCCAAAGUCCCUGUUAACCCACAAGGUGAGGCUAAUCUUCCCAAAGUCCCUGUUAACUCACAAGGUGAGGCUAAUCUUCCCAAAGUCCCUGUUAACUCACAAGGUGAGGCUAAUCUUCCCAAAGUCCCUGUUAACCCACAAGGUGAGGCUAAUCUUCCCAAAGUCCCUGUUAACUCACAAGGUGAGGCUAAUCUUCCCAAAGUCCCUGUUAACUCACAAGGUGAGGCUAAUCUUCCCAAAGUCCCUGUUAACUCACAAGGUGAGGCUAAUCUUCCCAAAGUCCCUGUUAACUCACAAGGUGAGGCUAAUCUUCCCAAAGUCCCUGUUAACUCACAAGGUGAGGCUAAUCUUCCCAAAGUCCCUGUUAACUCACAAGGUGGGGCUAAUCUUCCGAAAAUCCCUGUUAACCCACAAGGUGGGGCUAAUCUUCCCAAAGUCCCUGUUAACCCACAAGGUGGGGCUAAUCUUCCCAAAGUCCCUGUUAACUCACAAGGUGGGGCUAAUCUUCCCAAAAUCCCUGUUAUCUCACAAGGUGGGGAUAAUCUUCCCAAAGUCCCUGUUAACUCACAAGGUGGGGCUAAUCUUCCCAAAGUCCCUGUUAACCCACAAGGUGGGGCUAAUCUUCCCAAAGUCCCUGUUAACUCACAAGGUGGGGCUAAUCUUCCCAAAAUCCCUGUUAACUCACAAGGUGGGGCUAAUCUUCCCAAAGUCCCUGUUAACUCACAAGGUGGGGCUAAUCUUCCCGAAGUCCCUGUUAACAUUUACAUUUUACAUUUAAGUCAUUUAGCAGACGCUCUUAUCCAGAGCGACUUACAAAUUGGUGCAUUCACCUUAUGACUUCCAGUGGAACAGCCACUUUACAACACUUUACAAUGUUAACUCACAAGGUGGGGCUAAUCUUCCCAAAAUCCCUGUUAACUCACAAGGUGGGGCUAAUCUUCCCAAAAUCCCUGUUAACUCACAAGGUGGGGCUAAUCUUCCCAAAAUCCCUGUUAACCCACAAGGUGGGGCUAAUCUUCCCAAAGUCCCUGUUAACUCACAAGGUGGGGCUAAUCUUCCCAAAGUCCCUGUUAACCCACAAGGUGGGGCUAACCAGCCCUAGGUGUGUGUCCUAAAGAUGUGCUCUAAAGAUGUGCCCUAAUAUGUGUCCUAAAGAUGUGUCCUAAAGAUAUGUCCUUAAGAUGUGUCCUAAAGAUGUGCUCUAAAGAUGUGCCCUAAUAUGUGUCCUAAAGAUAUGUCCUAAAGAUGUGUCCUAAAGAUGUGUCCUUAAGAUGUGUCCUAAAGAUGUUCCCCAAAGAUGUGUGUACAUUAUUCAGGUAUCAUUCCAUUCUCAGGGGCACUAUGCUAGAAACUAUGCACCUUGUGCAUCAUGAGAUGGCUUCAAAAGUGAUUAUUAUUAUAAAACCGUAAAGUGUCAAAGAAGGUCAAGGAAGUGGUGAGAUGCUCUACUGAGCAACGAAGGCUAAAUAUUUAAUGUAAUGAGUGUGUCUUCUUAAUGAAUUUGAAUUCAUAUUAAAACUAACAAAAAAUAUAUAUUUGUAACGUUAGCUAUAAUUGUUAAAUUUCUACGUAUUUUAUUUGUUCAUGCACUGUUUAAAUUUAGUUUCAAACUUGGUUGGUUGAAUAUGUUCAAAUCAGUGAACAAAAAAGCCAUCUGACUAUGUUUAUGUUAUUGAACAUAUCCACAAUACCAUCCAUACCUAAUUCAUGGAUCACCUUCACUUUCAACUUGCAUGUGGUGAUAUUUUGCACGUGAGCAUUUUUAAGUGUUACUUAUCUGAUAUUCCAAAUGUGACAUCUGCCUACAUUCCUUAGGUGAGACACCUGUGCCCAGUUGGUACAUUCAUUAGGUGAGACACCUGUGCCCAGUUGGUACAUUCAUUAGGUGAGACACCUGUGCCCAGUUGGUACAUUCAUUAGGUGAGACACCUGUGCCUAGUUGGUACAUUCAUUAGGUGAGACACCUGUGCCCAGUUGGUACAUUCAUUAGGUGAGACACCUGUGCCCAGUUGGUACAUUCAUUAGGUGAGACACCUGUGCCCAGUUGGUACAUUCAUUAGGUGAGACACCUGUGCCCAGUUGGUACAUUCCUUAGGUGAGACACCUGUGCCCAGUUGGUACAUUCAUUAGGUGAGACACCUGUGCCCAGUUGGUACAUUCAUUAGGUGAGACACCUGUGCCCAGUUGGUACAUUCAUUAGGUGAGUGUUGAUCUGUAUCGGGCAGAUCUAUUAUAAAAAAUACCACAUCAUUGGCUUAUUGCUGCCAUUGUGAACAAGCCAACAAACCUAUGGCACUCCGUAUACUGCGUAAAACAAGGACAGGAUUUUUUUGACUGAAUUGUUACUGAGGCUUUUUGACACGUCAGACAAUUCUCCUGUGCCCUGUAGUGCGGGGGGGCCUUCUUGUCUGAAACAAAAGAAUGAAGGCAAUGAAAAUGUGUAAUUUGAAGAUCAGAUCCCUUUAGAAUGUAUUUACGGAAUAGUGUUUUUGUUUUUACUAAUAGAAUAGAGUGCGUACUAAUGUGCAUUUCUGUUAUACAGGGAAGUCCAUACGUCGUAGUUUUUUUUUGGGUUGAUAUUUUUUGACAGAAAAAUGGACUGAAACUUUUAACUCACGUAUCAGGUUCUGGAUUAUCUAAAUGUAUUAUCAUCACUACAUUCUCUCUACAUUAUCUCUGCAUUACCAUAGCUGCUGAUGAAACCAUAACUUUACGUUUUGAUGCAAGGUUGUCAUCCUAAUGGCAAACAUGUUUUUGGGAUCAAAGAUAAACAUUUAUAUCAUAUACCAAACUACUGGAAUUGUAGACAUUUUGUAGUGAUGUUAAAAAGCCAAAUUGUGUGUUGCUUUCUAUUGUGAACCAUUAACAGGAGCACAUUAGCAGACUGUCUCUCGAGAAAAUGUAUUGAGAGAAAGGGCUCCGUGGAUAUCUACAUAUGUUUAUUUACUAUGGCAUCUCCUAUUGACAUUAUAUUCAUUUUUGUCAUGACUAUAAUAGCAUUUGUACAACUGCUUAACUGCUAUAGUCCUACGACGUAGUAAUGCUUUGUUAAAUUGUUGAAAUUGGAAAAUUCUACAGGAUUUGCGUGAAUGAUUAUUGUACCGUAAUGACUGUCUGAACAUAGCCUCCUGAGUGCCUGAGUGUGUUUGUGUUCUUGCACUGACAAGCAUGAUAGUACAAACAAACAUGGCAAUCGGGCUAGCAUGACACCUCAAUGUUGAAAUCAACGCAUCAGAUCACAAAUCAGUGCUCUGAGCUUAAUAACUAUCGAUGCGUUAUUUUGUAACCCAGCUGACUUGUAUUAAUACUACUCUCUUUUGUUUAUGAUAUGCCAAACAAAAGUAGGGGAACUUUUGCUUUCUUAAGAUUACUUGUUGUGAAUUUAUUAGAUACUGUUUGACUCGUCGCUCACUUGUUUAUGAGAUGCCAUGCACUUACGUACUCAGUAUUAGUUAUUCUUGUUGAAAAAUAGAAAAGCAGCAAUAGAAAUGUAUAAUUUGAAAAAUGAGUAAAUGUUAGCGUUUUCUUCUCUAUUAUAAGUCUAAUCAGUCAUUUCAUAUUUUGAUAUUAAUUUGUCUUUGGACUCUGUAUUUACUCUGUAGCAACCAUGUGCCUUGGUCUGUAAUGGAAUUACAGGACAUUGAAGGAAGAGGGCCUCGUUCACAGGAGGUUGGUGGCAUCUUAAUUGGGGAGAACGAGCUCGUGUUAAAGGCUGGAGCGGAAUCAGUGGAAUGAUAUCAAAUACGUCAAACACAUGGUUUCCAUGGUUUCCAUGGUGUUUGAUGUCAUUCCAUUUGCUCCGUUCCGGCCGUUAUUACGAGCCGUUGUCCCCUCAGCAGCCUCCGCUGGUUUAAUUUCACCCUCAGACCCCAUUGUGCAUUUUGUAAAACAGUCAUUAGAAACAGGACAAAAUUGGAAUACAACAACUAUGAGAAGAAUUGUAUAUUGUAAAUUAUGCACCAUAAAAUCAAAAGCAUUUUACAUGUACAGCCAUAGACAUCAGUGUACACACACAGCACUACUUGUUUUGUGCUUGAGCACCAUAGUAUUUUAAACCACUUUCCUCAGUCCCAAAGUCCUGUUUUCUGUAAAACGGCUAAAUGCUUUUCAUUGCAGCAGUCAAACAUAAUCCUUGCAUUUAUCAUAGUUAUCUUUAUUUUUGGAAUAUAGACUGCAAAAAAAGUUACUACAAUAUUUGUUUGUAAAAAAUAACAAUGUUAAACUUAUUUACAAUUAAAUAAAAGCAACCAUUUUUGA